AAAUUGGGAAAUUGAUUUGGUUAAUGUUCACAUUCGUUUACAUUAUUACAUCUUCUCCGAGUUUCUCGGUUUCUAUUAUUACCGAACGAGAGAUUCUACUUCAAUUCAAAGACAACAUCAACGAUGAUCCGUACAACAGUUUAGCUUCUUGGGUCUCUAAUGGUGACCUCUGUAAUAGCUUCAAUGGUGUAUCUUGUAACCGAGAAGGAUUCGUCGAAAAGAUCGUUCUUUGGAACACAAGUCUCGCCGGAACCCUAACGCCGGCAUUGUCUGGUUUAACUUCUUUAAGGGUUUUGACUCUGUUUGGCAACAGUUUUACAGGUAAGUUACCGUUGGAUUACUCAAAGUUACAGACUUUAUGGAAGAUCAAUGUUAGUUCCAAUGCAUUGUCUGGUUCGAUUCCUGAAUUUAUUGGUGAUUUGCCUAAUUUAAGGUUCUUGGAUUUGUCGAAAAAUGGUUUCUUUGGAGAGAUUCCGAGUUCUCUGUUUAAAUUAUGCUACAAGACCAAGUUUGUUUCAUUGUCUCAUAACAAUCUCUCAGGAUCAAUCCCGGAAUCAAUCGUAAACUGUAAUAAUCUCAUCGGUUUCGAUUUCUCUUACAAUGGCAUUACCGGUUUGUUGCCUCGAAUCUGCGAUAUUCCGGUUCUUGAGUUUGUAUCCGUUAGAAGAAAUGUGUUGUCUGGUGAUGUGUUUGAGGAGAUAUUGAAGUGUGAGAGAUUGAGUCAUGUCGAUAUAGGAAGCAAUUCUUUCGAUGGAGUAGCGUCUUUCGAGGUUCUUAGAUUCAAGAACAUGACUUAUUUCAAUGUGUCUGGAAACCGGUUUACCGGGGAGAUUGGUGAGAUUGUUGAUUGUAGUGAAAGUUUGGAGUUUUUGGAUGCUUCUUCGAAUGAGUUAACGGGUAAUGUACCUAGCGGUAUAACCGGAUGCAAAAGUCUUAAGCUUUUGGACCUGGAAUCGAAUAAGCUCAAUGGGAGUGUACCUGCAGGUAUGGGGAAGAUGGAGAAGCUCUCUGUGAUCAGAUUAGGCGAUAACUUUAUAGAUGGGAAGAUACCGCUCGAGCUCGGAAAUCUUGAGUAUCUACAGGUUUUGAAUUUGCAUAAUCUCAAUCUCAUUGGUGAAAUACCAGAGGAUUUAUCAAAUUGCAGACUACUUCUUGAACUAGAUGUUUCUGGGAAUGCUUUAGAAGGAGAGAUCCCUAAGAAUCUAUUGAACUUAACAAACUUAGAGAUCCUUGAUCUGCAUCGGAACCGAAUCAGUGGAAGCAUUCCGCCUAAUCUCGGGAACCUCUUGAGAAUCCAGUUCCUCGAUCUUUCAGAGAAUUUGCUUUCGGGUCCUAUCCCGUCUUCCCUCGGGAAUUUGAAUAGACUGACACAUUUCAAUGUUUCUUAUAACAACCUCUCCGGCAUUAUCCCAAAGAUUCAAGCUUCGGGAGCUUCUUCGUUUUCCAACAACCCUUUCCUCUGCGGUGAUCCUCUUGAAACACCGUGCAAUGCUCUCAGAACUGGAUCAAGAUCAAGAAAAACCAAAGCUCUAAGCACCUCUGUUAUCAUUGUUAUCAUCGCUGCUGCUGCGAUCUUGGUUGGUAUCUGUCUAGUGCUUGUUUUGAACCUUAGGGCUCGUAAAAGACGGAAAAAGCGUGAAGAAGAAAUAGUCACUUUUGAUACCACAACACCCACACAGGCUUCAACGGAGUCUGGUAAUGGUGGUGUAACAUUCGGGAAACUUGUUCUAUUCAGCAAAAGUUUGCCUUCAAAGUAUGAAGAUUGGGAGGCGGGUACAAAAGCAUUGCUCGACAAGGAUAACAUUAUCGGUAUUGGAUCAGUUGGAGCGGUUUAUAGAGCAUCUUUCGAAGGCGGGGUUUCCAUUGCAGUGAAAAAGCUCGAGACUCUAGGAAGAAUCAGAAGCCAAGAAGAGUUUGAGCAAGAAAUCGGAAGGCUUGGAAGUUUAAGUCACCCGAAUCUUGCUUCUUUUCAAGGUUACUACUUUUCCUCGACAAUGCAGUUAAUUCUUUCUGAAUUUGUCACAAACGGAAGCCUUUACGAUAAUCUACACCCGAGAAUCUCUCAUAGAACCAGCAGUAGCAGCAGCAGCCAUGGAAACACCGAGUUAGAUUGGCAUAGAAGAUUCCAAAUAGCAGUAGGAACCGCAAAGGCGCUUUCUUUUCUUCACAACGAUUGUAAACCCGCGAUUCUUCAUCUCAAUGUAAAGUCUACCAACAUACUCCUUGAUGAAGGAUAUGAGGUAAAGCUAUCAGAUUACGGUUUGGAAAAGUUUCUUCCGGUUUUGAACAGCUUCAAUUUGACGAAGUUCCACAAUGCGGUUGGAUACAUAGCUCCAGAGCUAGCUCAGAGUUUGAGAGUGAGUGAUAAAUGUGAUGUUUAUAGCUACGGUGUAGUUCUUCUUGAGCUUGUUACAGGUAGAAAACCGGUGGAGUCGCCAUCCGAAAACGAGGUUUUGAUCUUAAGGGAUCAUGUGAGGGAUUUGUUGGAGACAGGUUCGGCUUCUGAUUGUUUUGACAGUAGAUUGGUAGGGUUUGAAGAGAAUGAGCUGAUUCAAGUGAUGAAAUUAGGUCUGCUUUGCACGACAGAGAAUCCAUUGAAGAGACCGAGCAUGGCAGAGGUUGUGCAGGUUCUUGAAUUGAUCAGAAAUGGAAUGGAAUCAUGAGAGAAUUCGUUUAGUUUUUGCAGAGAUAUUGUGCAGUGUUUACUUCAU